GAAUUCUGUAACUGUAAGCAUGAUUUAAUCCUAAGAUUCGUACCAUGCAGACUUGUACAACUAAAUUAUCUAAAAAUCUGCACGACAUCUAGACUCUAGCGCUGCAAACGUGCUAAUAAUUGGCACACACGAAUAGUCAAUACAUAGGUCUACACAAAACACAGAUGCACGCAAAAACAAUGAACACGAUGUGGCUGAUCGGCAAGUUUGACAGAGUCUAGACUUACAAUGACAAUGUUUAAAUUAUUCUUUUUAACAUCGGUAACACCCUAUUGUCAUCAUGCCUCUCCCAGCAACUGAUGAUUAUUCAGCCGUCCAGGCUUACUUAACAGCCAAGGAAUGGGCAGAGACGAGUGACUAUGAGAAACUUCGUCUCAAGAACAUCAAAGAAAAUUAUGAGAUGAUGCUUGAAGUUGGACUACAGGUCGACAGUCCCCCGGAUUUCAUGCGACCUCGUCGUGGAAGAAAGAAACAGAUCGUUGAGGAGAGUGAUAGCGAGGAUGAGGAGUGCAAGCAGAAGAAGGCCAAGAAAAAGUCAAUAGACAGGAGAAAGGAGAAACCCCAACCAUCCCCAAGACAAUCUAGAUACCCAAAGAGAGCAGUGAGCCGCAAGUCUUACAAAGAAGAACAUGUUCCUGAUGAUUCUGAACUCUAUAGAUGUGGGGACUGUGGAACACUCUAUGCCAUUCCGCUUCUUUUAGCGAAGCAUCUCAAGUACAAACAUGGACACUAUGGUAUUGUCCCAAAGGCAGAUGCAUCAAAGGAAGACAUUCUACAGUUCAUCAAAGGAGAAAUCAGAUGUAGUAAAACAAGAAUUAUGCAAAACGGGAAAAAAACAUAUGUCUGUGAUCAAUGUGGUAUGGCAUUUAAUCAAGCCGGUAAUCUCACAACACAUAAACGCAUCCAUACAGGUGAGAAGCCCUAUGUAUGUGAUCAAUGUGGUAAGGCAUUCAAUCAAAUAAGUAAUCUCACAUCACAUAAACUCAUCCAUACAGGUGAGAAACCCUAUGUAUGUGAUCAAUGUGGUAAGGGUUUUAAUCAAGAAGCACAUCUCACAAGACAUGAACGCAUCCAUACAGGUGAGAAGCCCUAUGUAUGUGAUCAAUGUGGUAAGGCAUUUAAUCAAGCCGGUGGUCUCACAACACAUAAACGCAUCCAUACAGGUGAGAAACCCUAUGUAUGUGAUCAAUGCGGUAAGGCAUUUAAUCAUGAAUCUAGUCUCACAACACAUAGACGCAUCCAUACAGGUGAGAAGCCCCAUGUAUGUGAUCAAUGUGGUAAGGCAUUUAAUCAAGCUGGUGAUCUCACAAAACAUAAACGCAUCCAUACAGAUGAGAGGCCCUAUGCAUGUGAUCAAUGUGGUAAGGCAUUUAAUCAAGCUGGCUAUCUCACAACACAUAAACGGAUCCAUACAGGUGAGAAGCCCUUUGCAUGUGAUCAAUGUGAUAAGGCAUUUAGUCAAGAACCUCAUCUCACAAUACAUAAACGCAUCCAUACAGGUGAGAAGCCCUAUGUAUGUUAUCAAUGUGGCAAGGCAUUUAAUCAAAUAAGUAAUCUCACAAAACAUAAACACAUCCAUACAGGUGAGAAGCCCUAUGAAUGUGAUCAGUGUGGUAAGGCAUGUAAUCGAGCUAGUGCUCUCAAGAAACAUAAGCGCAUUCAUACAGGUGAGAAGCCCUAUGUAUGUGAUCAAUGUGGUAAGGCAUUUAAUCAAAAACAUGUUCUCACAACACAUAAAUUAAUCCAUACAGGUGAGAAGCCCCAUGUAUGUAAUCAAUGUGACAAGGCAUUUGGUCAAAAAAGUAACCUCACAAAGCAUAAACGCAACCAUACAGGUGAGAAGCCCUAUGUAUGUGAUCAAUGUGGUAAGAGUUUUAAUCAAGAAGCACAUCUCACAAGACAUAAACACAUCCAUACAGGUGAGAAGCCCUAUGUAUGUGAUCAAUGUGGUAAGGCAUUUGAUCAAAAAAGUAACCUCACAAAACAUAAACGAAUCCAUACAGGUGAGAAGCCUUAUGUAUGUGAUCAAUGUGGCAAGGCAUUUAAUCGAGCUGGCUAUCUAACAAAACAUAAACACAUCCACACAGGUGAGAAGCCCUAUGUAUGUGAUCAAUGUGGUAAGGCAUUUAAUCAAGCCGGUAAUCUCACAACACAUAAACGAUCCAUACAGGUGAGAAGCCCCAUGUAUGUGAUCAAUGUGGUAAGUCAUUUAAUCAAGCUGGUGAUCUCACAAAACAUAAACGCAUCCAUACAGAUGAGAGGCCCUAUGCAUGUGAUCAAUGUGGUAAGGCAUUUAUUCAAGCUGGCUAUCUCACAACACAUAAACGGAUCCAUACAGGUGAGAAGCCCUUUGCAUGUGAUCAAUGUGAUAAGGCAUUUAGUCAAGAACCUCAUCUCACAACACAUAAACGCAUCCAUACAGGUGAGAAGCCCUAUGUAUGUUAUCAAUGUGGCAAGGCAUUUAAUCAAAUAAGUAAUCUCACAAAACAUAAACACAUACAUACAGGUGAGAAGUCCUAUAAAUGUGAUCAGUGUGGUAAGGCAUGUAAUC